AUGACUUGGAGUCAGGUCCUCCUCCUGUCCUGCCUCUCAGCCACAGUUCUCCUGUGUAUGCUGCAGGAGGGGACCAGUGUGACAGUGGGCAGCAGGCAGGCAGCUGGAGAAGAAGCCCAGGAAGGUGCCAAACAGAAGAUUUUCAUGCAGGAGUCAGAUGCCUCAAAUUUUCUCAAGAGGCGCAGCAAGCGCUCCCCCAAAUCACAAGACGAGGUCAACGCGGAAAACAGACAGAAGCUGAGGGCUGAUGAGCAGCGGAGAGAGUAUUACGAGGAACAAAGGAGCGAAUUUGAGAACUUCGUGGAGGAACAAAAAGAUGAGCAGGAAGAGAGGAACCGGGAGACAGUGAAGCAGUGGCGACAGUGGCACUAUGACAGGCUGUAUCCUUCCUAUCUCUACAACCACCACCACAUCUGA